AUGGUUGGGCGGUAUUAUUUUGUUAUUUGUGGGCCUCAUGAUGAGGCAUUAUUUGAUUUAGAUUAUAAUUCACCAGGCAAAUCAACAGGAGAAAAGGCAGAUGAAUGUCUUCAUCUAAAUCAGUUUAUUGCACAUGCUGCAUUGGAUAUGGUUGAUGAUCACCUGUGGUCGAAAGCAGACACAUAUUUAAAAGUCGUAGACAAAUUCAAUGAAUGGCUGGUUUCUGCCUUCAUAACCCCUGGAAGACUUCGAUUCAUUUUACUUCAUGAUGAGUCGAAUGAGAAUCGUAUAAAGUACUUUUUUCAAGACACAUAUGAAGCCUACAUCAAGUUGGCACUAAAUCCAUUUUUUAAACGUGAAAAGCCAAUAAGCUCAUCCAGCUUCUCAAAGCGAGUCCAACGGAUUGCAAAUAAACAUUUUGGUUGA